AUGUUUAAUGGAUUUUUACAAGAAUUGGGUUCUCUUAAAAAUUCAGAGCUUUCCUUUCCAUUUCGAAAUUAAUUCAAAAUUAAAGAAAACUUCAUCAAUCCUAACAGUAAACAUUUUGAUUCAAUUGCACAAAAAUUACUGUCUGAAGAAAAAGCAAGCAUCAAGCGUAAAUGGGACAAAUAAUGCAAGAUGAUGUUCAUCUGGAUUAUGGGCAAAUUCUUUUAAUUGAAAAAUAAGAAGACUAUCAAUCCUACUCAAGAUGAAUGGGGAUAAUUGUCAAAUAUUCUAAAAAUAGAUGAAGUCACUCUUAAAUAAAGAUGGAUAACUCUUAUUAACCCAGUUUCUAAGAGUAUAAAUUGGGAUCCAGAAGAGGAUGAAAUCAUACGAUCGCUUAUGAAGUAUUCAAUAUUCUCAUUCGAUGAAAAACAUAUUUGGACACAUAUCGCUCUUGAAUUGUAUAAUUAAAACAAUGGAUAAUACAUCAGAACCCCAAAAUAGGUUAGAGAGAGAUGGAUGAAUUAUUUAAACCCAAAACUGAAGAAAACUAAUUGGAGCCAAUAAGAAGAUCUUCAAUUAUUGAACAUGGUCGUUAAGAAUGGGAAGAGAUGGUCACUCAUUUCUAGUCUUUUGGAUGGAAGAACAGAAAAUCAAGUCAAAAACAGAUUUAAGAGUCUAAUCCAAAAAAUAUACAAAGAUGAAGAUGAUGAUGAUAUUGAAGAAUUAGAAGCAAUAAAGGAGUAUUUGAAUAAACAAGAUGAAUAAUAAAUCUAAGAACCACAAAAAGAAGAGUCCCAAAUCAGAAUGACUUAUUUGAGAUAAGUUAAAUCUAAAACUACUCAAAAAGAACCUAAUAAAAUCGAGCAAAUCGAAGUCUAAACAAAGAAAAGAAAGGCUAUUAAGGAUGUUUUACAAAUUGAUCAGCAAAUUAAAGUUAAGUCAUCCAAGGAUUUGUAAAUGACAUCAAAAUAGCAAGGCAAUAAAAUUAAAAUAGAAGAAAAUAGACAAGAUAUUUAAGUAGAACCAUAAUAGUAAUAAUAAUAUACAUUUGAACAAUAAUAGAAAAUUCAGUAACAUUUCUAAUAGUAAUUAAUAAAUGAAAAUAAUAAAAAAGAACUCUCAACUCCUAAUACUUUAUAUUAUAAUAUUUAACCUUCCUUUUAAAAAAUAGAAGAAUUAAAAAACGAUUAAUUUGGAUUUAAAUAAGUUUAACAAUCUCCAAUCUAAUAAUCCAAUUAAUACUUAUACUAAGGAUUUAGAAAUUAUUAAGAGGAAGUGUAACCAUAAAUUUAAUAAACUCCUGUUUAAAUGUUAAUGGGAUAAUAUUUAAUGAAUUAUCACUAAAAUUAUAACCUAAUUUCUCCUUUUCCGCAAAUUAAUCAAACUCCUAUGGUAUACACUCCUGCCUAAGCCAUGUAUCUGUAUAAUAAUAGUAAUAAUCCGUAUAAUAUGGGUGUAUCACCUCUUUUGAUUAGGAGUCCGUAUCCUGAGAAUUUGUCACCAAAUAUUGCUCCGUAAUAGUAGCAAGCUUAGGGUUUUUGGUAAACUCCACAAUAAACAUCGAUGGAGUAUUUUUAGAAUGAAUAAAAGUUGUCUAUGAAUAAAUUAGAAUUUCUAUAAUCUAAUAACUUAGUUGAUAAAUGGAAAUAGAAAAGAGUAAAUGAAAAGCAGAAUACUUCAUUUCAGGAAUCCUUUUAAUCACUUGAUUAAUGA